CAACACACUUGACAGGUGGAACCGGAAGGAACGGGAUUUCGAAAAUGUCGAACCACGCAAGCCGCAGCCAAAACAGAGAAAAGCAGAGUUGAAUUUCGUCCAUGUACCGACUGGACCGAUUUGUGAGUCGGGCCCGGUGAUUCGCAUGUGCGGAGACUGUGAUCUGCUGUAAAGAUGUACGGUGUGAGAAUGGCACGUGAGGCCGUUGUGACGGACGACUCCUACACCGAAAACCUCAUUGGCACAUUGUUGGCUAUCUUCGGAAACCUGUUGGUCAGUAUCUCUGUGAGCAUUCAAAAACAAAGUCAUGUGGCAUUAGCAGGGAAUAAAGACCAGAAGCAGUACUACCACACCAAGACCUGGUGGUCUGGCCUGAUGCUGAUGGUUCUGGGAGAGGGCGCUCUGUUUGUGUCCUAUGCGUUUGCUCCACUCUCUCUCAUCGCUCCUCUUAAUGCCUUGUCUGUAAUUUCAAGCUCCAUCUUAGGUUUCCUGUUUUUACGGGAAAGGUGUAAGGCACAGGAAUUUUUGAAAUGCUACAUUUUGACUUUCCUGGGCUGCGCCUUGACAGCGGGUGGUACUUACCUGUUUGUGACAUUUGGGCCAAAAUCUCACGAGAAACUGAAUGCGGAAAACAUAGUAAAACAUGUUAUCGGCUGGCCCUUCCUCUUAUACUUGCUUCUGGGGAUCAUCACCUUCUGUCUGGUGCUGUAUUUCUACAAACAUCGGAAUGCAAACUACCUCGUCUUGAUUCUGCUGCUGGUGGCACUACUUGGUUCAGUGACGGUAAUCACAGUGAAGGCAGUUUCAGGGAUGAUUGUGCUAAGUGUCUUGGGUCCUCUACAGCUCUCAUACCCCAUAUUCUAUGUCAUGUUCAUCUGCAUGGUGGCUGCUGUCAUCUUCCAAGCAUCGUUUUUAGCACAGGCAUCUCACUUGUAUGAUUCCUCUCACAUCGCCUGUGUGAAUUACAUUUUCUCAACAACGUUCGCUAUUGUGGCAGGAGCCAUAUUUUACCAGGAGUUUAAUCAUGAAGACAUUCUACACAUUUGCAUGUUUCUCUUGGGAUGUGCUGUGUGCUUUCUUGGGGUGUUCCUGAUCACCAAAAACAAGAGGAAGGUCAAAGCCUUUGAGCCAUAUGUCAGCGUGGACAUGGCAAAAGGUAUUCCAACCAUUCACAACAAAGGCUCCUUUUCCUAUGGGACACUUGUGAACAAUGACAGUGUGGGUCCUGUAAUUCUUCCAGUGGACCAAGAGCUGUCCGUGUCUUCCGGUCCUGUCAACCAGAACCAAUCAUCAGAGCUGAAGAAAGACUGAGUGGAAAUGUGUUUUAAGUGCAAAUAAGACCGAUUUAAUAUAAGAAAUGCUUUGCUGUGAUUGAGCAUCAGGAAUUUGCUUGUCGACAGCAAAAUCUGAAUCUAAAACAUUGGACCAUUCUGGAGCGUCUGUAUUGUUCUAGUCUGAUCCUGAGACAGGAAAGCAGUCUAACAGUUUUGUGUUAGAAAUUAGGACUUUCAUUGGUGGGGUUUGAUUUGACCUUUAUCUGCAAAGUGAUUGUGGCAUAAAAUCUUUGUAUAAAGUCUUUUAACUAUAAUCAUGCCUUUAAUAUGUUCUCAGACAUUAUUUUAUUUACAUAUAUUAUGAUAAUUCCUCACCUGCAUCAUAGUAAAAAAGCUUCUAUAGUUAAUCUAAGAACCCAUAUAUACCUCAAAAGAUGUUUUAAAUUCUGCUACUGCUUUGUACCAAACAUACUGCAACCAGUCAAACUAUAUCACCCAAAGGCCAAAGACUAAUAUAGACUUCACAAUUCCCUGUCAUUUAUAUGGAAAUAUGUGUUUGGUACAGGGGAAUUAAAUGCACUAACUCGCACACAUUGUACUUUCAUUUUCCAAUGUUGACCUGAAUAGCUGCCCUGCUGUGCCUACUAUUCUGUGCCUGUUUAAAGUGCAUAAAAUGGGACUUUCUGUAGGAAUCUGUAUAACCAUGGAGAAUACCUCAGAUAGCAAAACACUGGUGAUGGUUGUUGAAAGGUACAGAAGUACAACAUUUACUGAUAACUUUCAUUGUCUUAGUCUAAAGCUGUACAAUAUUUUGGUGAUGUUUUGCUAUGCCUCUGGCUUUUUUUCUUCUUCAUCUUUAAAUAUAACAUAAUGCAGUGUUUUAUUACACAGCUGACGAAGA